UUAUCCUAUUGUGGCCGCCAAUCCUGGGCUUCAUUGUCUGUGAGGUUCCGCUGUAGAGACCGUGGUUGACCUGCCGGUGUUCGGAGGCCUUCUGCAUCGCGGCCUGUCAGCGUGGCUCACGACCAACACAAGCACUAAUUUCGAAGUGUGUCGAAGUGCCCUUGUAUUUGGUAAUCUUUUGUUUACGCCGUCGAGCUCACUGGGCCGUGUGAGCUUCAUCCCACUUCACAACGAAGAGUGAGCGAGGCCACAUCACGACUCCUCUAGAGCGCCUUCCCCGGGAGGCCCGUUGCCGCCAAGUCCUCGAUCGUCUCCUUUCUGAUAACGAUCAGGAGCCUAAGUCGAGCUGCUUCGGUACCGGUAAGGUCUGACGUAGCACAGCAAUCGAGCAUGUCUGCAGCAGUUGAGCGCUCACAUACUGCUACAAACACCAUGGGUCCGUCAAGUAAUUCUAGCAGCAGCGGUGCCAGUGCCGUGAGUAGUGGCAAUGCGUCAGUUCAAACCGCUAAGCCAGAGCCCCCCCAAACCACCGCGGCAUCCUUCCCGCCCCCCAAAACCGACAAGCCAAGGCCUCACGUCUGUGGGACAUGUAGUCGAUCGUUCGCCAGGUUGGAGCAUCUGAAGCGCCACGAAAGGUCCCAUACAAAGGAAAAGCCCUUCGAGUGCCCGCAAUGCACGCGAUGCUUUGCGCGACGCGAUCUACUGCUACGACACCAGCAGAAGCUACACCAGCAGGGAGCGACUUCCUCCCGACCCAGGAAUGGACGUCGGGAAAGCACGACCGGCCUGCCACCCAACAGCUCCGGCAGAGUUCGUAAGAACUCGGUGGCAAGCAGCGUAACAGGCGGGACCGGCGUGCCCGGUACCACGAGCAUGAGGCCUCGCGCCAACACCAUUAGCCAUAUCGACCCAAACGCUCUCAACAGCCUCCUCGCGUCGCAAAAUGCCUCUCUGGGGAGGACUGGCGGAGGUCAUCCUGGCCACUCCCACCAUGCCAGUCUGUCAGGCCUCCACGGGCCGGGUGCGUUUGACUAUCGAGGCAUGUCCACGUCUAUGGGAAACCACGGCCAGCCGCACGGAUUGCCAAAGCUGGAUACUCAUCUCAGCCUCGGAAUGGGCGGUGGGCUGCGAACAGCGCCUAUCCAAGGAUUUGGACCCGAUGAUUUCGAGCUUGAAAAGUUCUUUGGAACCUCAGGGCCGACCAUCAAUCCCAACCAACUGCAUCACUUUAACGGCGCGUUAGGAACGCCAGCAUCUCCAUUCAAUCCCUUUGGAAAUCCUUUUGCCGGACCCACCUCCAUUGACGAGGAUGACUUUGGGUGGCAUGCUGGUUUGGACAAUUCCAUGAUGUUCGCGGGAACCAACGAAAACGCAGUCGAUGGGUCCUCUCCUUCUGCCAUAAGCACUGCCAGUCAAAGUGGGUUUAGCGAGGUCAUGUUGGAUGGAUCUGGCCAAGCAACCUCAGCAGCCAUGUGGCACAAUCCGCUAGUCACUCACUCUGGGAUCAAUACUGCCUCAUAUUCUCUUGAUGCCAUGGCACCUGUCUUUCCAGAGCUCAUGAUGAAUACAGUAUCCCCCAAAGACGUCCAAGAACAAUCCGCCCCCACAGACUUCUAUAUUUCAUCACCCCCACCUAUCACUUCCAUGAGCCCAACAGCAGGUAUUCCGGGUAUGCCGAAUCAAUAUUUCCACCCCCCAAUGACUUUCAACUCUGAUACCGGCAGCAUCUCAUCAUCCUCGAUUAAUGGAAGUGCUCGGCAUAGCUCGGUUACCUCUGUUUCCACAGAUACCAUCACAGAUGCUACCAGGCAGGCUCUGAUCAUGAACUUAUCGCAGGCGCUCGGAUAUGGCCACUCCCAAAGGAAAUAUUCUCAGCCCUCAAUCAGUUCGCCACUAUCCAAUUCGAGCACAGGGAAACCUCAAAAUCAAGUCGCAUCACUGCCUAGCACAAUGGAUCUUCAACGCUAUGUGAACGCCUACAUACAAUAUUUCCAUCCUCACCUGCCGUUUCUCCAUAUCCCCACCUUGUCAUUCGACACACCGGCGUACACUUAUCACUUACGGACAGCUGGAAGCUUCAACCAUGAUGGCAUGGUAGGAGGUGGUGGCUGCUUAAUUCUUGCUAUGGCAGCGAUUGGUGCGCUGUAUGAGUUCGAACAUAACAUCGCUAAGGAGCUUUUCGAAGCAGCGAAGAAAAUGAUUCUCUAUUAUCUCGAUGAGCGCCGCCGAGCCGGCCUGUCCGCGGCUGUCAAUGGACCGAAUGCCGCAAAUGACUCCAUUAACAAGCCUCCACUCUGGUUGGUUCAGGCUAUGCUGCUGAAUCUCAUCUUUGGACAUAAUUGCGGCGAUAGGCAAGCCGCAGAGGUCGCGAGCACCCACUGUGCUGCCCUUGUCAGUCUCGCGAAAGCUGCCAGUCUUGAUAGACCAACGUCUGACCUCACAGCUAAAGACGGGUUUACUCAGAAUGCGCCAAGUAAUGUAGAUGGCGAUGUUGAUAUGACAGACGAUUCUGUGUCCCCUGAUGCAUUCCAGCAAAAUUCUCAAUCUGAGACCAUUGAUGAGCACACGCAAUGGAUUCAGUGGAAGAAGACCGAGGAACGCAAACGAACCUACUUCGCUGUGUUCUCCAUGUCAAGUCUCCUUGUCUCUGCCUACGCUCACGCGCCACGAAUCCUAAACUCCGAGAUCCGACUAGAUCUCCCUUGUGAAGAGGACCUGUGGUCUGUGGACAAUGCUCAAGCAUGGGUUGCAAUGGGUGGACCUAUGUUCGCGCAAACAAAAGGCCUCUCGUUCAAUGCUGCCAUGACCUAUCUUUUGGAAGCAAGCAUGCGACAGCAACCCGAGCCGCGCUCUCACAAUACGUUUUCGCAGCCUUUUGGGACCAACCAGAAUGACAAUACCGAAAGCGACAUUCGUCCCAGUACUUUCGGAUGUUACGUCUUAAUCAAUGCACUUCAUGUUUAUAUUUGGGAAACCAGGCAAAGACAUACGGGACGACUCUGGAAAACUCAAGAGACCGAGGCCAUGCACGCGCAAGUUGAACCAGCACUGAAAGCUUGGCAAGCGGCGUGGAGGGCGAACCCGAACCAUAGCAUUGAGCGACCCAGUCCAUUUGGUCCUCUUUCUGCCGACUGUAUACCGUUGCUGGAUCUUGCGUAUGUAAGGCUCUUCGUUAAUCUUGGCCGUUCAAAGGAGCUCUUGUGGCAGCGAGAUUUCGAUGGGAUGGCAACAGAGCUUGCCAAAGGUGUUGAGAUUAUUGCUCAGGCCGACGGCACCCCCGACCGAUCUUCUGACCCUGCUGAUUCUACAAGAUCAUCGGCUUCAGGCAAUUCUCCCGGAGCAGUCACGUCUCCACAAGAUAUCGACGCAAUUGGUGAACCGAGCCCUGGCCAUAUUGGAUCGAACCUGCACCCAAAUCAAUCUUCCAAGCGGGAGAGACACCUCCGCAAAGCUGCCUUUUACGCAGCAGAUUCGCUUUCGAUGGCCGACAAACUAGGUGCAACAUAUGCAGAGUUCACUGCAAGAGAACUCCCAAACUCGUCUGCGAUGUGUACAUUCGAUUGCGCACAGAUUCUUGCCGAAUGGGUUGCCACUGUCCAAGACCGCGUUGGACGCUUCACUGGCGUUCUUGGCAAAGACGAAAUCGACUACACAGCUGUUCCUGCGAUCAUGCUUCUUGAAGAAGAGGAUGUAAAACUGCUCCAGAAGAUUGCAGACAUCCUCCACACUGCCGACUUGAAAUUGGCCUAUGAUAUUACGGGAAUGGGAUCCUCUAGUGCAAUACCAAUGCUUGGCGGUCUCUCAAGUCUUGGUCCUUGCGGAUACGGUACGAAAUUGCUCCUCGUUACAGCAUAUAUGCUUGAAAAGUCUGCUGUCUGGCCAGUUACACAUGUCAUGGCCCGUGCCUUGGAAGCGCACGCCGCGCAUAUAAACCAACGCGCCGAAGCCUCCACAGCAGCCUCGUAAAUAAUGUCCAUCCUUAUGCCGUGUACAAAAUUCCCGCUCAUGUCUCGAGGUAUUAUCGCGACGGUUGAUACCCUGUUCUGACGAUGUUUACGCUCAUGCCCUCCGAUGUUCCGCCCGCGAUGAGAUGUUGACGAUGCACACGACGCAACCUAUUCUUAUCUCGACCGCAAGGCUAUUGCAACUUUCCCUUGUACCUAUUAUUCUCUU